GAACCCGAAUGAAAAAGAGAAAAAUUUCAUCACAUAGCUCCUCUGCUAAGAAGGUCGUAUUCCAGGGAAAGAAAUCUAUGAAUGCUAGUUGCAGUUAAAAAAAAGAAAAGUAUGUAUACAGUCUCCAACAGGCCUUUUAAGCUACUUGCAAAUACAAGAAGAGGUAUAACCCAGAAAGUUGAUCCACUUGAAAAUACAUCGAGCAAUCGCGAUUCCGUGAAGUGUGGAGCACAAGUUAGUAUGAGCUUACCUAGACCUGUGUUUCAUCAGGUUAAUGGUAGGAGGACACAGGUUCAAAAAGUUCAUCAAGAGAAUUUCCCUCCACAAUAUGAAGAGUUAAUUAAAUAUAUUCAAGACACAUGGACUGGUAUCCAUAAAGAGUAUGAAUCAUCUAAGCAAACGUCAGACAAUAAAGUGCCUAAAGUUGUAUUUUAUCAAGAUACCAAUGCAAAUACUCACCUGGCAAAUUUUGAGCCUUUUGAUCUAGAAUCCUUCUGGGGAGAAAGAUUUCUUCGAAAUAUACAACAAUCUACCUAAUUGAAAUUAAUUAGUAGUUCGAUUCAAGACAAAAUUAGUGAGAUAGCUGGAAUUUAUUGUGAAUUAGAAAAGAAAAAUAAAGGAGUGCUGGUAUCUAUUGCAUUCCACCAAUUGCAACUUGAUGACCACGAUACUGUGGAAACUGUAGUGUCAUACUUCUUUUGUUGUGUUUUAGUGUAAUUGAACAAACCUUUCCUCACAUCAAUCAUCGUAACAAGUACUGAAUCAGACUGAUUUACAGCAUUAAUACUUUACAUGAUCCAAGUUAUCUUCGUGCAUAACGUGGAUUUGUGCAUUUUUUUGUUUUUAUUCCUUGUUUUUAACAGACUGUUGUACAAUUUUCAAAGAAUGAUAAGUUGCAAUAAUUUUACAUUGUACCUGAAUCCUAACACCUGAAAAAUUUUCCUUUUUAUCCGAUGACAGUAAAUUUGUUUUGUAAAUU